AGCCGGCGUGCGGUCGAGCUACGUGACAGACGCAUUCCUCCGCCUUCGCCGCACAGAAGAAGCAGGGCGACCUACGUGCGGAACCACACCGGGUCGCAACGCCACAACCUUCCGAGUGGCUGAGAUGCUCUAAACGCAAGAAUUUCUUCUUUACUCUCUCUCCUCAGACCUCCGGGCCGCGCCGCAGGCGUCAACCCCCACCGAAGUGCAUUCGGCUCUUUCUCGUGACUUCAGGCGCGGGAUUUCACGGUUGCCGCGGCUUCCCGAGGUUCGCAGCCCGCACAUGGCAGAGAUCUGCAACUGCAGCAACACGAUGGAGGGCAGCGUCUUCCAGAAGGUCGCCUACAUCCCCGUCUUCACCGCGGGGCUGCUGCUCAACGGCUUUGCCGUCUACAUCUUCCUCCGCGGGAGGUCCGGCUGGACGGAGACGCACGUGUACACGUUCAGCCUGGCGGUGGCCAACUGCGCCCUGCUGCUCUUCCUGCCCGUCAGGACGUACGACGCCUUCCGCCGCCUCGCGCCCGACACCUUCUGCACGUUCCUCGUGUCCACGCACUACCUCAACAUGUACGUCAGCAUCUUCACGAGGACGGCCAUCAGCGUCCACCGCUGCGUCGCCGUCAACUUCCCCAUGCGCCGGCGGGCCUGGGGCUUGCAGAAGCCGGUCGCCGGGGCCGUGUGCGCCCUCAUCUGGGCGGUGGCCGUCGCCCUCAGCGCCGCGUUCAACUGGAACAGCGCCGGCAGCCUGAACUGCUGCUACGAAAGGAAGUGGGAGCCCUUGAGGAACGGGCUCUUUGAGCUCUUGGUCGUCGUCGGCUUCUUCAUCCCGCUGGGGGUCAUCACCGCCUGCACGGUCCGGACCGUCUUCUGCGUGCUGAGGUGCAGCAGAGCAACGGGCGUCGUCAGCAUCAUGACCGUGAACCUGGUCGUGUUCGCCACGUGCUACAGCCCCAUCCACUGGGCGUUCUUCCUCAAGUUCCGGGCCACGAGCUGCUCGUCCCUCGUCUACAGCUUCUACCACGUCUCCGAGUGGAUGGCCACCACCAACUGCUGCUGGGACGCGCUCGCCUACUACUUUCUGUUCAAGAAGUUUUUCGUGUCGCACAACCAGAAGAGGGGCGCCGUCACGGUCGCCGGGGGCGAUGCGAGUACGCGCUUCUGA